CCGGCCGCGACCAAUCCGGAGCGCGCGCGCCCUCCCGCUGGGGAGGACGCUGGGCAGCCGCGGGCCUCCGGGCGGGGCCGGGGGCAGAGCCCGGAGCCCGGGCUAGGGGACUGCUCCGCUCCCCGCCGCCCAGUGCCGCCCGCCAGAGACUGUCGUGCCAGGCCAUGCCUCCGUGGACGGCCGUCCUCGCGCUGCUGCUGGCGGCGCUCGCCCUGCUCCUCCUGCGCCCCUGGAAGCGCGCCGUCGGAGCGCGGAUCUCGCUCCGGGACCAUGAGGAGCAGGACGUGGUUAACAGAGGCCCCUCGGAGCAGUUCAACGACCGGCGCGAACCGCUCCCCGGGGGCUGCAGUCUCAUUUGCAAGCCCUCGGCGCUGGCCCAGUGCCUGCUCCGAGCCCUGCGACGCUCGGCGGCGCUGGAACCCGCCCGGAGCUCCUGGCUGUCGGGGCCCCACCUGCAGACCUUAUGUCACUUCAUCCUGCCCGUCGGACCGGGCCCUGAUCUAGCCCGUGAGUACCUGCAACUGGCAGAUGAUGGGCUGGUGGCCCUGGACUGGGUCAUAGGACCUUGUGCUAGAGGCCGCCGGGUCACUAAUUCUGGAGGGCUCCCCCCGGUGCUGCUAGUAAUCCCCAAUGCGUGGGGACGGCUCACCCGCAAUGUGCUGGGGCUCUGCCUGCUCGCCCUGGAUCGCGGCUACUACCCCGUCAUCUUCCACCGCCGCGGGCACCACGGCUGCCCGCUAGUCAGCCCCCGACUACAGCCUUUCGGGGACCCGUCCGAUCUCAAGGAGGCGGUAACUUACAUUCGCUUCCGACACCCGGCGGCCCCCUUGUUCGCGGUGAGCGAGGGCUCGGGGUCCGCGCUGCUGCUAUCCUACUUGGGGGAGUGCGGCUCCUCCAGCUAUGUGACCGGCGCUGCCUGCAUCUCGCCGGUACUACGCUGUCGCGAGUGGUUCGAGGCUGGUUUGCCUUGGCUCUAUGAGCGUGGGUUCCUACUGCACCAAAAAAUCACUCUCAGCAGGUAUGCCUCCGCCCUGGAGGACACAGUAGACACCAGCAAGCUCUUCAGGAGUAGCUCCCUGCGAGAGUUUGAGGAGACCCUGUUCUGCCACACCAAGAGUUUCCCCAUCAGCUGGGAUACCUACUGGGACCUCAAUGACCCACUCCGGGAUGUGGAUGAAGCUGCUGUACCUGUGCUGUGCAUCUGCAGUGCUGAUGACCCAGUGUGUGGACCCCCAGACCACACUCUGCCCACGGAACUCUUCCAAAGCAACCCUUACUUCUUCCUGCUGCUCAGUAACCAUGGAGGCCACUGUGGCUUCCUGCGCCCUGAGCCCAUGCCAGCAUGGAGCCACGAGGUCAUCUUGGAGUCCUUCAAGGCCCUGACUGAGUUCUUUCGAAUGGAAGAGAGGAUGAAAGGACUGAGCAGGCGCAGGACUUCAUUUUUAGCGGGUCGGCGUCGCUGGGGAGGCCUGCAAAAACGAGAGGUCUCCCCCUCUUCCAAUCUGGAGAUCUUCAGUUGGAAGCGUUCUUACACCAGGUGAGGCUUGCCUGGCGAAGCCCCUGCGCCUUGGAGAAAGACCCCAACAAGGUACCCCAGGGGCUGGAAGUCUGAGGACUGAGCCGGGAGCUCUGCUCCCUUCUCUCUCACAACUGGCUAUAGAGAACAUUCAGCCUGAGCACACUACCUUGAGAACUGCCCGGCUCUGGCAAACACAUUCCUGCUCACCCUGAUCACUGUCUCCUGUCAUCCAAGCCACAAGCCCAGCAACAGCACACGCUAAGCAGACUGGGGGAAAAAAAAGCUAUCUGUCCUUGUUGUGACUCUAGGGAAGAUAAGCUUAUGCAAGUCAAUGGGUGGCUCUGUCCCACAUAAAUAAUCAGCUUGGUGACUCUGAGUCUCGAGCUGGAGUCACUUGGUACAGAAAGGACCGGAUGUUUGUGUCUCAGUGCUCUGCGGUUGUGGUUCGGCUCUGAGUUCUGCUGCAGCAGCUGGGGAAGCAGGCUGUCAGAGUUAUCUAGCUCUCCCCAGUCUGAGAAGGCAGCAGAGGCAGGACAUUCUGGGCUGAGGCCAGCUUGGUAAAGCUGGCUGGCAAACUGUGAUUCUGUCCCUGCCUCUCAUGGUGGCUGGGAGCUUCAGGGCUAAGCUGCGGCUAGGCCACCCCCUCCAGCCUGGGCUGAGCCAUCUCCCAUGAGUAUUUUCAGAACAGGAGGUGCUGUUGCCCAGGGUCUAAGGGUUCUGCUAGAUCAUGGUUGUGGUAGCCAGGUUAGGCCAGAUGUGCACCCUUUGGGGGCUCCUCCAGAGAGCUGCAGCCAGAUGUGUUCCUCUUGAGAUGUGGGCUUUCUCACACCCAGAAACAAGAAUAACCCUCAUAACAGGGUUUUUGACCACUUUCCUUGUAGUACUAGCAUUUCCCUUGCCAAAGCCAGGCGAGAGAUCUGGGAUCAGAGGAGAGAAAAGUCCCAAGAGCUGAGGAAGGCAAUCCAGCUAUUUAUGAGUGUCUCACAUUACCAGCUUUAUCUGCUUAAUUAUUCAAAAGGCAGGAAAGCUGACUUCUGGGCCUGACCACUCAGCCUCUAAGUGAGUGUUUGGUUUUACGAGGAAUGGUGCUGAAGACCAGAGGACAAUAAGGUAUAGCACACAGAUUGACUUACAUAUCCUGGAUUGUAUUAAGCAUUUAAAAAUUAUUUUGACAACUGGACAUCGGGGUCCAUGUGUUGUUAAGAUUCAAAAUUCACCCUGAAAUUAUGUAUUUAUUUGUGGUGCUUGGACCUUGAUUGCUAGGCAAACACUCUACCACUGAGCUACAUAGACUCAGCCCAGAAGUUAGCUUUUAGUUUUAUCGAUAGGGAAAAAAAGUCACCAGUUUUAGAUUUAACUCAGCAAACCAAUUUCAAAGAGCAUUUUACAGCAUAAGGCAUCCUGGGCUACCCAGAGGCUGCAAUCCCAGGUUUGGAUCAGCCUGUCCUACCACUGUUCUUUUCCUGUUUGCUUUUCUUUUGUCUUCUGCCUGGCCUGGAACUCACUAUAUAGACCAGGCUGGUCUCCAAUUCUGAGAUCUGCCACUGGAAUCAAAGGCAGGCGCUAACCCACAGUCUUAUACUCUCGUUCUUCAGAUUAAAUAAGAAACUCUGAACUAACUCCAAGAUAUAAUACAGACAACGUCUGAUUUCCUAAGGCACAUAUCCUACUGUGGAAGGUUUUCUCCCAUCGUCUCCACUCCCAGCCCCUCCCCCACAGCCCUCUUCUGGCAUUCUGUCAUCAUUUCUGAGCAAAAGAAAUAAAAAGGAACUGAACUCUAAA